AUGGUUCAGACAGACAGCAAAUGUCAGCAUAUCACCGUUCACACUGUUACUCAGUCUUCUCCUUGUCCUAUACUCUCAUGUGUAGCAAAAGCACCUAAACAUGCUCGUGUUUCUCUCAUACCAGUUGCUGAUUCAGAUAAAAGCACAUGCAAUCAACCAUCAGCAUCCAAUGUCUUCCAAGAUGUACACAUAUCGGCACGGUUGAUGGAGGAAUUUCUUGAACUUGCUAGAGAAAACACAGAGAAGGAUCUUGAAACAUGCGGGGUUCUUGGUGCAUUUCUUGAGAAGGGAAUCUACUAUGUCACCACUCUAAUAAUACCUAAACAAGAAUCAACUUCCACUACUUGCGAGGCUAUUAAAGAGGAAGAGUUUUUUGCCAUACAAAAUGAACGUUCUCUUUUUCCUGUUGGGUGGAUUCAUACACAUCCUUCUCAAAGCUGUUUCAUGUCAUCAAUCGACCUGCACACUCACUAUUCAUAUCAGGCAAUGGUACCUGAGGCAUUUGCCAUUGUCAUGGCUCCAACUGACGUGUCAAGGAGCUAUGGAAUAUUCAGAUUAUCCGACCCAGGUGGGAUGAGAGUUCUGAAAGAAUGUGAAGAGACAGGAUUUCAUUCUCAUGGAGAACCAGCAGAUGGGAGCCCUAUUUACGAGCACUGCUCCAAUGUAUACACAAAUACUAAUCUGAGGUUUGAAAUCUUUGACUUACGCUGA